AAUAGUAAAAAGAGGGAGAGACACGGGUUGAAGCCCGAUCGGGUAUAGCCGGAGGCGGAAGUCACGCAUAGGCUCGGCGUCGGCAGGCAGCGGCAGAGACGGCUUAGGCGGGUUCUGCGUCGGGCGGCUGGGUUUGGCCUGCUGGGGUUGAUCGGCGGGUUCAAUCGGAGGAGCGAAGUCGGACUGCAAUGAAGGAGCCGAAUAAACGACGAUGCAAUCUCUACCCUCCUGUGAAUCAAAGCCGAACAACAAGGAGUGGAAGUCGGACGAUGACAAGGGCUUGAAGAAGUGACGUGUACGAUCUCUGCACUCCCUACGAAGGAACGAAGACGAACAGCGACGGGCAAACCGAAGAAGCGACGUCGAGCGGCAACGAAGGACUCAGAGGAAGCAUUAUUAUUAUUAUUUUUUGUUUCUACCGAUCAUUUUAAAAGGAUUGAUUUUGCGGUUAUCCCAUUUCAAUCGAAAAGUCGCUGCGUUUGGAAGUAAACCGUGCAAGGUGGGAUCGAUAGAGGCGGGGGCACGAGGAACUUGAUGCUGCAAGUUUGAGGGAACAUGAAGAAUUUACUAAAGUGAAAAACAUUGCAAAGAUUGAACUUGGAAGAUAUGAGAUUGAUACAUGGUCACCUGAUGACUGUGGAGUCAUGUUGUUGGAUAGUGAUCAGUGAUGCUCAGCUACUGAAGAUGUGCAUAGAGCAACUUCUGUAUUUGAGUGCUUUUGUUAAUAUAAAUAGAAAAUGUGACCUGAAGCAUCCUCCAGGAGAUGAGAUCUACCGUAGUGGCACAUUAUCAAUGUUUGAGGUUGAUGGCAAGAAGAACAAGGUUUACGCACAAAAUCUGUGCUACAUGGCUAAACUAUUUCUAGAUCACAAGACACUUUAUUAUGACGUCGACUUGUUUCUAUUCUAUGUUCUUUGUGAAUGUGAUGAUCGGGGAUGCCACAUGGUUGGAUAUUUCUCUAAGGAAAAACACUCGGAGGAGUCGUACAAUUUGGUUUGCAUUCUCACCCUUCCUCCAUACUAGAGAAAAGGCUACGGGAAAUUUCUAAUUGCCUUCUCUUAUGAACUUUCAAAGGAGGGUAAAGUGGGUACACCAGAGCGUCCUCUAUCAGAUCUUGGGUUGUUAAGCUACAGAGGAUACUGGACGAGGGUUCUCUUAGACAUUCUCAAGAAGCACAAAGGGAAUAUCUCAAUUAAAGUGAGUUUUUUUUUUCUACCCUAUGCAGU